UACAGGACAUGGUUAUUUGCUACCAUUAGUAUCUAGUUUGAACGGCGAGUGACGGGUAGAGACUUGGAAUACUAUUCAAUAACUGCGACAGAGCAGCAUUCAAUGUCUGCUGUCCCAAUAAAAUAGUAAAUGGGGGACCGGAUUACACCAAAGUGUAUCUGACAGUGACAGCGUUGCGUUUUCCUUACCAGCAUGCACUGGAUGGGACUGGACAUUUAAGGAAAUACAAGUGUUUAAUUUUAAUGCUCUAACUGGAAUCGAGGAAACCCAGCGAGAUGAGCGGGGGAGAAAUAGUAUGCCAAGGUUGGCUUAGAAAAUCUCCUCCGGAGAAAAAAUUAAGACGAUAUGCCUGGAAGAAGCGUUGGUUUAUCCUUCGUAGCGGAAGGAUGAGCGGGGACCCGGACGUUGUGGAGUACUACAAGAACGACCACUCCAAAAAGCCCAUCCGCGUAAUCGACCUGCACUGCUGUGAGCAGGUGGAUGCCGGGCUCACCUUCAAGAGGAAGGAGUUCCAGGACAGCUUCGUUUUUGACAUCAAGACCUCGGACCGCACCUUCUACCUGGUGGCUGAGACUGAGGACGAGAUGAACAAGUGGGUUCGCAACAUCUGCCAGCUCUGUGGCUUCAACCAGUCUGAGGAGAAUCACGAUGGAGGGAGGUCAGUGGCAUCAGCCACUCAUGGGCCCCAUCCAAUGGCAUCAGAACUGAGCGGAUCCAUGGCCCCUCUGAUUGGAGACAGGAGGUCCUCCGCUCCAGCCCACUCCAGCCAGCCCCUCCUUUUCACCUUUGACACGCCACCUCCACGCCAUGCCCAUGGCAACCUGUCCAACAGUGCUCCACAGGACUACCUCUUUCUGCACCAGUGCCUGAGCAGGAAGGCUGAGAGUCCACGGAGCAGCAGCUUGUCGCACAUGACACGGAGUAACCUGCUGUUCGGCAGCGAUUCGCCGAUGCAAAGGGUCCCCCAGGGUUUUGCGCACUGCCUGAACGGCAUGGGGGCCCAACUCCACGGGUUCUACAGCCUCCCCAAACCGGGCAAACAUCCGCUCUCGUCACGCACCGAGUGGACCCGAGAUGCCUGUUACGACCACCCCCGGGCCCUGGGGCUGGAUAGGGCCUCCCGUACCGGCCAUCCUGAGCAAGGGCCGGAGCCAGAGGAAAUGUACAUCUUCAAGACCCCCAGCAAUGCCUUAGCAACCUCUGACCGCCUACCUGAUAACUACGACAUCCCUCCUACACCUGGGUCCUUCUACCAGACCCCCCGCAGUUUCGACAAGAAUCACAACGCCCUGGAGCCAGCGGCGGGGCCCGAGUCCCCAGGCUUACCCCCUCCCCGGCCCCCCAAACCCAGCCCUACCCCAGAGCAGGGCUGGGCUGAGCCGUACUCUCUGGGGGCGUGUAACAACGGCGAGAGUCCCCCCGUCGCCGCCAUUCCUCGCCGAAACACCCUGCCUGCUGUGGAGAACAUCCGGAUACACCGCGGAUCAUCGUUUGAGACGGCGGCCCGUCACCGGCAGGUGUUUCUCAACAACUUGAGGCAGUCGGUGGAGUCUGUUAAUGAUGGGUUCAGCUCCUACCUGAGAAAGAGGCCUCCACUGACAAACUCAGACAGCGGCGACUCGGAGGAUAACUAUGUACCCAUGAACCCCGGCUCCUCCUCUUCGCCCUUCGGCCCUGCCCUGGGAGAGAGUCCACAGAACAACUACAUUCCCAUGAGCCCCGGCCCCCACCACUUUGACUUUCCCGGGUUCUCCGCCACGCUUCCUGCCCGCAGAGGAAGCUCCGCCUCCCUCUGUCACCGGCCAGUCCGCCUCAGCGACAUCACGCCCCCGCCGAUCAACCGCAACCUCAAACCCGACAGGAAGUCUAAGCCUACACCCCUAGACCAACGAACCAAUGGCAUCAUUGACGAGCUGCCGUUUAAAAGCCCUGUGACCAUGUCUUGGACCAGACCCAUGGCUGUCAUGAACUCCAUGGGCUCACAGCAUAGCCGUCCCUUAUCCACCCAGAGCAUCACCAGCACCGACUCCGCUGACAGCGAGGAGAACUAUGUCGCCAUGCAAAACCCAUCAUCUACCUCGCCAGCAGUGAGCAGCACCAGCAGUCCUGCCCCCAGGAAGUGCAGAAAUGUGGAUUACCUGGCCCUGGACUUCCAGCCUGGUUCACCAGGCCCACACAGAAAGCCCUCCACCUCCUCCGUGACCUCAGAAGAGAAGGUGGACUACGUCCAGGUGGAUAAAGAGAAGACCCAAGCUCUCCAGAACACCAUGCAGGAGUGGACGGGUGCCCGCCUGUCAUCCGAGACUGCCAAGGCACUCAAGUCCUGAUAGGGCCAUACGAGAGGGCGAAGCAAGGUAUUUGGGGGGGUCACUCCCCUAAACCCCUCCCCUUGAACACACUCCUGGAGUCACUCUCAAUGUUUUGGCAAAGGAAUAGGAACCCAGUCAACAGCAGUGUGCUUUUCCACCUGGUAGAGGGAAACAGGUCACAAAGACAUGAUCUCUCCUCAGGCCAAUAGGACAAUUCUUUGAGUGGCAUCCAAGCAAUGCGUCAUUGCCAGGCCAAGUUAUACAUGUAGCUCUUGUGAUUGUGCUUGCUGUGCUGGAAAGGGUCCAACUGUCAUAGUGUAACAGAAUGUCUCCUUGACGUGUAAUGGAAUGUCUCCUUCAAUGCCACAAUGCAUUCAGCAUGUAGAGAGGAAGACAAGCAGCUUCCCUGGCAGUGAACACAGCAUUAAGUUCAAACCAGUCCAGCCUGAAGACUAUUUGUUGUUCUUGUACCAACUACUGUACCAACAAUGAGGAAAAAGCCAACAGUGGGUCAACAGUGACUGGGAAAAAAAAUAAAAGAAUUGACUCUU